CCCCACACAUCAACCAGCCUGACAGAUUCCAGCAAGAAUCCCUCUGCCCGUUACUGUCAGCAUGAGAAAAACCUUGAUAUUCACUUUCCUCCUGAAUCUCACAACUUGCUGCUGCAGGGCUGGUGCCGAGGAAAGUCUGAGUCUGCGAGAGUCCGAGUUGUUCCCUGCUCUCCAUUACUUUGUGCAUCUCCCCGACUAUGGAAACCCUAUUAACCUUCUCUUUCUUCAUCUCCUUUAUUUCUACAGGUUAUUGUCUGUCCUGUGUUCAAUGCAAAGUAGAAGGGGAGAACUUCUGCCAAGGGCCGGAAUAUCAAUGUCCCAAAACGGGAGAUUUUGCGUGCGGCUCUACUAGCACAGUCACCAUUAUAGAGGGAAUAGCCAGUAAAACAUUCAGCCGUUCAUGUGAGAGACGCGCUAACUGUGGGAUAUCAGGGAGCAUGAGUUACCUGCGGGGCAGAAUGAAAACCGCAACAACAUGCUGUUUCAAUGAUGGCUGCUCUCCCCCCCCUCCCAAGUUGCCCUUGGAGAACAUGCAGAGGAUUGGACUAACAUGUCGAAGCUGCACUUCCCUGGAUUCCAAAUGGUGCAACACCGAAGACACCAUAGAUUGCUUUGGAGAAGAGAGGAAGUGUAUUCUUCAAACCACCACAACAUCAGGGUUUAAGAGUGGCCAGAGAGCGAUACGAGGCUGUGCCACCAAUGACCUGUGUGCUAUGGGCAGCCAGUACCACGACUAUGGAGACAUAACGGAGUGGACAGAAGUCACCUGCACCAAUAGCACAAGUCCUCUGCAGCAGAGCCUUCUCCUCCUGGCACUGGCUGCUCUGCUUUGUAUUAAACUAAUGUAACCGCCAAUCUCUCCCCUCUCGCCCAUUCCAGUAACAAUCGGCUUCCCAGCAGUAGAGUUGCUCCUAUAUGGACUGUUGCUUCUCAAGCAUUUGACUGCAUGGAUUCUUGCAUCUUCACCUGCUGCAUGAAACAAGCCCCCCGACACCUUCCCAAUAUCCCUUGCAUUUGCCAUUGCUGUGAAUCUAACAGCAGAGAAUGGAUGGAAAGGCCGGAUACUGGGGGGCACACCUUUAAUUGGACUGAACUCUCUCCAAACUGAAUUCAGCACUGCCAGGAGAAAGUAAAAAUGAAAGCAAAAAAUAUGUUUUUUAUUUAGCAUGUUAGUGUGAUUGUGUCAGUUUAGUUCUGCUGGUUCACACACAGCCAACGUGCAAUGCCAAUUCAUCAUAUUAUUUUUUUUAAAGGACCACUAUAGACUAACAAUAAUUCUGCUGAACCCAAGAGUUAUCUCUCUCUCUCUCUCUACAGGGGAUAAACAAGCUUAAAGGGGUACUGUCAUGGGAAAAAAAUUUUUUUUCA